AGAGAGAGAGAGAGAGAGAGAGAGAGAGAGAGAGAGAGAGAGAGAGAGAUCUGCUGCUGUUGCUGAUGUAACGGGCCACACUGACUGAACUUCAGCGAGCGGACCGUCCGUCCGAACGGACCUGAACCGGACCGCAUUUACUGACAUCAAAUGUAGAGAGUGUUUACGAUACACUAGAGGAAAAGCUACACAAUCUGAUUAAAUCUCGGUGCCGAUUAGGGGAAGCGAAGCGGACCCGGACUGAGGAUUUUGGCUGCCCGGGAAUGCAGACACACACAGCAGUGAUAAGAGCAGCAUGCAGACCAGAGAGCUUGUAACGGGUGUCUGCAGAAGUGAGGAAUGACAUCAUCCAGAUGAGAGGCAUGGAGCUGAAGGUGUGGGUGGAUGGAGUGCAACGGAUCGUCUGUGGUGUCACCGAGGUCACCACAUGUCAAGAGGUUGUGAUCGCUUUGGCCCAAGCAAUAGGGCGGACUGGUCGCUAUACGCUGAUUGAAAAAUGGCGUGAGACAGAGAGGCACCUGGCACCCCAUGAGAAUCCUGUGGUUUCUCUGAAUAAGUGGGGUCAGUACGCUAGUGAUGUGCAGUUGGUGCUUCAACGUACAGGCCCUUCUCUGAGCGAGCGCCCCACCUCGGACACCUCUGCGAGAGCCCCUGAGCGCAGCCUAUAUCGCCAAAGUCUCCCUCCCAUGGCAAAGCUCCGGCCCACAGCCAACGAUCGUUCCCUAAAACGCCGUGAACCAAAACGCAAGUCCCUCACUUUCACAGGUGGAGCCAAGGGGUUGCGUGACAUCUUCGGGAAGAGUCGUGAGGGUGAGACCAAGCAAAGAACGGUGAACACAAUCCGCAGCAGCACCCCGGCACCUACGCAGGAGCUGUCCCUUCUGGUGCAGUUGCAGAAAGAUAAACUGCGCGUCCUAGAGCAGAAACUGCAACGCUGUGAAACCGAGUUGCAGCAGCAGUUGACGGAGAAAGAAGAAGAGGAGCUAGUCGAACUAGAGCAGCAGGUCCGCAGGAAUGAGGCGGAGAUGAAGGAGCAUGAAUUCUGGGAGAAUGAGCUGCAGAUUGAGCAGGACAACGAGAGGCAACUGCGUGCGCAACUGCAGGAACUGCGUAGCCGUGUACAAGAGUGCGAGGAGCAGCUGGGAGAGUACCUGGCUCGUAUUCAGUGCAUGGAGGCAGGGCUGGAGGCAGAGCGCUUACAACAAGAGCUGAUGGAAACACGAAUAGCAGAUGAAAUGGAGGUACAGUCGCGACUGGACAAGGCCCGUGCCGAGCUGGACGUGCAGGUGCAGCAGGCUGCAAGACUGGAGAGCAACUGCAGAGCUGUGGAGCUCUCACUUGGGCAGUCAAACAUUAGGCUACAGGAAAGAGAGCAGGAGCUGGAGCAGUUAACUAAGGAGCUAAGGCAGGUAAACCUUCAACAAUUUAUUCAACAGACUGGCACCAAAGUAACAGUUCUACCAGCAGACCCUGGUGAGGAGGAAGCUAACAGAGAGUCAGAAAAUCAGCCUGGAUCUCUGAAGCGGCUUGGAUCAGCCCGACAACUUCCCGCUGACCUACGAGUUCUGCAGAGCCCCCUGAACACGACCUUUAACCCGGAAGGCAUCUAUGUCUGAUUUUGCACUGGCAUCAACAUCUAAAUGCUGUCAAUUUCCCACAUGACUCCACAUCACUCCGAGACCAUGAUUCAGAGUCUUUGGCGAGAUCACAUUCCUAGGAAAUAUAGAGGUAUCUGUUGUUCACGGCGAAGAUUCCUUCCUCUUGUUUGACUAAUCCAACCCAAUCAGAGCUUUCUCCAAAUCCUACAAAGACAACUCCAGCUGAAUGUAUGCUCACUUUCACUGGACCCAAAACUCAGUAAGGCUUUUACCAUGUAUUGAACAAGGCAACUACUAAACUCAUACAGAAAAAGAGACAGAAUACAUGCUGCCUCAGCCUAAGUUCAAUCCAUUAACCUUUUGGUGCAAGUUAGAAAAUGCAGCAUCAUGAUGUCUUUCAUUUCUAGAAUGUUUCUCAAUCUCCAGGUAAACCUCACACUCAAUGCGAUAUGCAAGCAGCAGGAAUUUUAGGGAGAUGCAAAGAGAUCGUGGAGGAUGAUAAAUCAUGCAGUUUAUGUUUUAUGUGAUGAAAGCUUAUAGAAAGGGGUGGGGUUUCGCCUUAGUUUGCACUUUAUUGGCCAAAACAUCUGCUGUGGAAUUUUACAGAAAUCUUAAAAGCUGAAGAAUAAUUUUCUGCAUUUGAUCGCACUAAUCAGGAAAACAGGUGCAUGCGAUAUUUUAAAGUGUGAAAGUGACGAAGAGAGGUGUUUUUGCAUGAAAGCAGCUUGUGACAAGUGAACUUUGUUACCUUUUAAAAAUGAAGCAACCUGAUUUUGUGCUGAACUGCUUAGUUGAAAAAAGUAGCCUUUUAAAUAAUGCAAGUACAGAACAAUGUAGUUACGCACAAGUCAUUCUAAUGACUGGUCUAGAUCAAUGUGUUCUGCCAGUAAACCUUUUUUGGCCCAUGAAUGCAUUUUAUUUCUGUUUAUUUGAUCUCACUAAAAUGCUAUCCACAUCCUAGCAAAGAUCACACUAGUUGCAUAUAUUUUAAACUAAACUGUUUUACUAGUUUUCAGAACUAUAUUUUAUUUCAGAUUAAACCAAAGUGUUCUGGAAGUCAUGAAUGUAGAGAUUUGUAAUUGUGCAAAGGGAUGCAGCUCCAAAAUAUUUUGUUGAUUAUAUUAUAUUAUUUUAACUGUAGCAGCACCUGUUUCCCUUAAAAACACAUUUACAGAGAUGCAGAAUGAUUACAUUUAUUUUUACAUUUAGCAAGGAGCUCUUGAUGGUGUGAAUAAGGAAUUGCUCUUUUAGGUUUGCUGCAGUUGCUUCUGGAUUUGUUUGGAUAUUUUUGUAAACUAACUGAACUGAUUUUAUUUUUAUUUUAUUUUUUCUUUCAAAAAACACUUGGCAAAAGUUAACAAUUUAACAUGAUCUCCAUGGAUGACUUAAUCGUUGUAUCUCUUCGAAAAAAAAAAGACAGGUUUGUUUUAAAGACUUGCUCAUAAUGUUCAUACGUUCAAAACAAAAUCCAUAUGCUUCUACAUUUGGAAUAGUUGUGUGUUGAUUUCACACAGAAUUGGUGCUCAGAUGAUCAACAAAAGAGCAUUCGGUUGUCUGAAUGCCGCAUGACUUUAAGAACCAAGUCAUCUCUGUGUGACGAGGGGAAUGUUUGAGACGCAUGCCUUUCUUAAUAAAGUGUAAAUAGCAUAUAGCAACAUAUCAAUAAGUAGCAAAGAUUACUAUUUUUAACAUGGAUGAAAAAAAAUUGCACAACACUCUUAACUGCUAAUAUAAACGAUGUUUUUUUUAGCAUUGUUAGGCUGCAUGCACUGACAUUCAGUUUUAAGCUUGUGUGGCCUGUGCAGGAUCCACUUAUGGCACCUAAUACAGGUACGAUACUCAACAGGUUGUAUUAAGGUGGAAGAUGGACUGUGCAAAAUGCCUGUAUAAAUAUCGGUAACUCUUCCUUUUACAGUUCUGUUACCCAUGUACAUACCAUGUACUUAUUAUAGUAAUUACAAUUACUGGGUAAUGACUAGGUACUAACCUGAACCUACCCCUAACCCAUGUACUUACCUUAUAUUAGCCAGUACUCUCUCGGCAAGUACACUGUAAGUACACGCAAGUACUGUACUGUAAAAGGAAGCGUUACCUAAAUAUCUGUGCAAUCUUAACAGGCUUGAGGUGUGGGACUGAUGUGUGUGCAUUAGAAAUUAACAGUGUGUAUUCUAUCACCUGCUGCUAUACACACAGGUGUGACUAAAAUAGCAUUAAGCUCAGUUGAUGGUUUAGAUCAAAUAGCAUUAUGGAUUGAUAUCUCUGGAUCACAAGUUUUGACCUUUAAUGCAGUACCAAAAUCCCUUUGGGCGACAAACAAACUUAUGUUAAACAAACUACUUCAUUCUUGAGAAGUGUCAAAUGCCUGGAACACACAUUUAAAUGAUUUAUGGUGACAUGUUUAUCAAGCCAUCCGUGGAAAAGAUGCAGUAACAUUGUAAAAUGCUAAAUAAAUUUAGAAUAGAGCA